AAAAAUUUAAUCAAUGAUUACAAUCUAAAUACGAGUCAAACCUAUGCUAUGGCUUAAUCUGAGCUGUAGGUCCGGCGAUGGGCGACCCCUUCCGCAACUCUCGUGGUAUAUCAAUGACAAUACGGCAUCAAACGAUCAGUUAAUGUUAUAUCCGCCAAAAACCAACGUGGAUGGACUACAGAGCGCCCGAUUGGGUCUAGUGUUUAGGGCCACUCCCAACUAUUUCCACCGUGGUGUUUUGAGACUCAGGUGCACCGCAACACUGGCCCUGGUCUACGAGUUUGAAGCGGUCGAGUAUGUGGUCAGCGGAACCGUCAAAAACAAGACAAAUAUCGGCCAACAAUUUGCCAAUAGUAAAGACUGGUCCUUACAGUCGGACAACAGAGAGAGGCCAGUAAUUAAAGGCGUGAAACCGAAAUACAAUGUGAACGAUGUGUUGAACGUCAACUGUACGAGUGCUGCACAUGACUGCCAACUCAAAUGGCUUGUUAAUGAUGAUCAGGCAAACGCGAGUCAACUAAUCCGGUACAGUAGCGAAACGAGUGCCCACUCGGGGCCCAACGAGUUGGUGUUGGGCCUGACAUUUGUGAUGGAAGUGCAUCACUUCCAGAUGCAAGAACUUAAGCUCAAAUGUGUGGCACAGUUUCACCGGACGAUCGCCGACUUUCAGGAGCACAUUGUCAUCAGGACUAUGAACCAGGAGGUGAUCGAAGCCCAGAGCAAUGUUGGCAGUCAUAGCACCGCCAAUAAUGAGAAAUAUUGUGGCCUUAUCUACAUAUUGGCAACUAUUGUAUUAUUCUCUAUGCAAAACAUCUAUUUGGAGGACUAGUACUCAAUGAUAAUUAAAUAUAUAAAUAGAUUUUUUUGUGAUAUAAUUAC